AUGACGAAAACUAUUUCGGAGUAUUUAACAUUUCGAGGUGGUGAGUGGAUUACUCAAUCAUUCGUGGAAGCAAGUGAUGUUAUUAAAUUCAAUGAUAUUAAAUUCUUUUAUGCCAAUAUCAUCGAUUAUACACGUAUAAUUAUGAUUCUUAUUGGGGCUUACACUAUUACCACAGAUUGGCAUUUAUUAAGCGCAUUUUUAAUUUUAGUUGCAAUGUAUUUAGAUGCAAUAGAUGGACCUGUAGCAUGUGUUUAUGAUCAAUCUUCUAUAUUUGGAUGUAGAAUUGAUUUGUUAGCCGAUUUAUUAGGUCAAGUAGUUAUUGUUAUAUGGUGGGCUCGAUAUGAUUUUAGUAUUGUGCCUUGGCUUGUUAUUUUUACAUUUAUUGAACUUGGCACAGGACUUUUUGAUUUUGGUAAAACUACAACAAGAAAAUAUCCAAUAUUAAACAAGAAUCAAACAGGAUUUUUUGUUAUUCUUGACUGGUCAAUGCGUUUAAAUUCUUAUACUCAGUUUGGAAGUUUAAUUUGGUAUGCCUAUUAUAUAUAUUGUGUACUACGAAUAUUGGAAUAUUGCUAUGGAUAUAAUGAAUUGAUUUCUAUGAUUAAUCUUGUUUCAGCUAUUCAAAAUCAAAAUCUAUUUUUAAUAUUAUUUUUAUUGAAUCGUUAUUGUUUAUUCAUACCAUCAUUACUUUAUGUAUGGUGUAAAUUGGCAUUUGGUAUUCGUACUGUUCAAUCAUGGAUUGAAUUAUCAAGAAAAAAAGAACCAGCAAUUAAUGAAAUUAUAUAUGAAGAUGUAUCAAUAUCAUAUCAAGGUGGUUUUGUUCAUUAUAAACCAUUAUUAGAUGAAUAUAAAAAAUUGAUAGAAACUUGUUAUGAAGAUCUUAAAUUUAUAUUAAAAGAUAAAUAUGAAUUAGCUCUAUCUAAACGUGAAGUAUUUUGGAUUAAUUUAUGGAAACGAACAGGAGUUCAAACAGAAGAAAUAAUAUAUAAAAAUCGUCAUGAAUUAGAAAAAAUGGUACAUAGUUUAAUGGAGAAAUAUUAUCAUUCAAAUACAGUUUUAUUAGAUGGUUAUGGUUAUUUGUUAAAUCCAAUCAAUUCUAAAACUCAACCAUUUCAUAUAGAUUAUAAUUGUGAUUAUUCAUCAUUAUUUAUUCCAUUAGUUCCUCUAUCAGCUGAUAAUUCAGUACAAUAUAUCAUUCCAUCACCAUUCAUUGAUUCAGAUUUAUUUCGAGAAGCAACAAAAAAUUGUGAUAAAAUAAAUGUUAGCUUAUUAUUAAAAAAUCAAAAUUAUUAUUCAGUACGUCAAUGUAUUUCAAAUUCAUUUGUAGUACUUAAAAUGGAUUUUGGAACUAUUCAUCGAGCUAUUUCAAAUCAUGAUACAUAUCAUCGACCUAUGUUUUAUAUAUCAGUUAUUCGAAAAAAUUCUCCAAAUCAAACAAAUAUACCUGAUGAAUCACUUAUUGAAACAAUUAAAAAAGAUUUAUAA